UUAAAAUCAAAAAUGACGAUUUAGAGAAAGAAAUUGUAAGUACAAGCAAAAUUAUUUAAACAAAAUAUGCUAACUGUUAUUUUUGUAGGAAUUACUUAAACAAAAAAUGGCCACUAUGGAGGUGAAAGAUAAGACAGAACAUUAUGAAGGAAAAAAAAAAGUAAAAAUAAAUGUAGUAAAAUAAUAAAAAAACAUAUCCAACACAUUUUACUAUAUUAAAAUUAUUUAAUUUCAGGAGGAACAAAUUGUUCAUGGCUUAUCCUCACCUAUUAACAAUAUGGGUAAUUAUGUUAAGAGAGAUGAUUUACUGCCUAUCGAAUCCAAGAUUUCUUUUAUAGAAAAACUUGUAUGUUCAAAAAUGGAUAAACUAAAAUUACAAGAUGAGACAAGCAGUGAAGACACAUCGAAGACGAAUGAUAAUUGUACUGAAUGGUGGUGUCCCAAGCACAGUCAAUUUUUGGAAAUUUUAAAGGGCAUCAAAAUUGGCGAACAAACUGUGGAAGAUAAAUAUCUAAUAAGGAAGGCCCAAUCUAGAUUUUAUUAUUGGACCCCAAGGUGUCCUACUCACAACCGAAAGAGAGGAGGGGUUAUUCACUAUCAACAACCUAAAUGUUGGCCGUAAAAUAGUAAUGUUAAAAAAAAAAAACUUUAAA